AUGUUUGAAAGUGAGGACGGUCUUAAGAUUAAUGCAAAUAUGCUCGAACAGUUGCAGGAGUGGAAUUUAAUUCCUCGUGAAGGGCAAUAUUUAUGCGCUCGGGGCCAUCCGCUGAAAUUGUUGGAGUGCACUGCAUCAUCGGAUGGAUUCGUUUGGAGGUGCCGUAAAAUUUCGAAGUCUGGAAAGCAAGUGCGAACGUGUAAUCAGCAAAUUUCAUUAAGAAAAAACACAUUCUUUGAUAGGUCGAGGCUAUCGAUAGUGAAGCUCAUUGCAUUUUCUUACUUUUGGUUGAAGAAUGUGACACAAGAUUUUAUAAUUGAGGAGUUAAGUAUUACAAGACCGACCGCAGUUGAUUGGUGUAAUUUUUGCCGUGAGGUAGUGUAUGACGGCAUGUUUGUAAAGGGGCGGAAAAUUGGAGGUGUCGGGUCUAUUGUUGAGAUAGACGAAAGCAAAUUCGGACGCCGGAAGUAUCAUCGUGGACACGCUGUUGAAGGGCAAUGGGUUUUUGGUGGAGUGGAGCGUGCUACCAAUAAGUGUUUUCUUGUUCCCGUUGAAAAGCGGGAUAAGGAAACUUUAUUGGCAGUUAUAAAGAAUUGGAUUCUUCCUAACACGACCAUAGUUUCCGAUUUUUGGAAGGUGAGUUUAAUGCCUAAGUGCCCAUAUAUGUGUAUAUAA